GACGCACUUCCACUCAGAGGACGCCCAUCACAGGACGUAGGCGACGGGCGUCAUAUAAUGGUAGGGCACCGUUAAUCGAACGGAGAACGUUUUCUAAACCGAGCAUUGUCCAGAUAGGACUUUCAAUCUAUUUUUCCGUCAUGAAUAAUACAGUUCUCGGGUUUUCAAACUUUGGCCUUCCUCCUCCUCCCCUUUUUCUGCUGAUCGGACUGCGGCCGCCCCCCCCCGCUUUCCUGUAGCCUAAAGUCAUCCAGAAUGUGGGCCAGAAAGGAGCUUGAAGAUGGAUACGAAUCUAAUCAAACAGUUUCAGGGUCCAGUGGUGGCACCCCAGGAUUGGGCCUCGACCAUGAACCCCCCUGGCACAGCAGUCUGAUUGACUCUGGGAACGGCAUCUGUGGUGGGCGCAGACAGAGUACGGUGUCCGACAGCGGGGACACGGGUAUCGGGACCUACUGCUCAGACAGCGUGGAAGAGGACUCCAGUUCCAGUACAACACCUCUGCCUUUUCAGCCACGGUCCCAGUAUCACUUGGGCAUGGAUGAUGAUAGCAUCCCUACUGUCCACGUCGUGCCAUCCCCAUCUUCCUCGCCUGGUUUUAGAAUGACAGCCUCGCCCCACAACACGGGCCGUUUGCCCACAUCUAGUCAGCUGCCUUCGCCGGCUGUGUCUCCCUUGGGUACAUCAAGUUAUCUGGAUUUGAAGGACCAUCAGCCCAUCCGGAGGUGGUCUUCUCUCAACAAGUUGUCAUCAGGGGCUGAUAAAAGCUCCAGUCGGACACCGGGCUAUCAGUAUAAUCCAGAUGCACAAGGCUCCCUGGACAGAGGGCUGCUACAUAGGUACAGAAAAGAACACUCAAACAUGGACCUUUAUCUACCUUUGUCUUCCUCCUUGAUGUGCAGCACCUUGCUUCAGCGUUCACCAGGCGCUGGACCCAGUUAUCGAGAUGACCGCAGUUGUAGAUACACUGGUUUGGAAACAGACCUGUCCUUUUCCUCAGCUCUGUCUUCUCCAAUCAAACAAACCAGUUUGGACAUGAAAUACACUGCUUUACCAGAGGCUAAACUGGCGUGGGAAGGUGGGCAGGUUUGUGGCCUGGGCUUAUCCAAACAGGUCGACAUACCCCUAGGCCAUCAGGCUGAUAGAAGCUCCCCAAUUCAGCCUGCAGUUCGCACCCAGAUGUGGUUGGCUGAACAGAUGGAGUACAGGCCCAAAGUCGAGCGUGGAAACGACCUCGGCCAGGUCAGUCGUACCGGAACGGAGGGCUGUGGUGGAGAUGGACUGUCCCCAUGGCAACAGGGGCUUCAGCAGGAAGCGGGGCUUGACCAGAUGCUGAUAGGGAGCUCCCUUUCUGUCAACACUCUUGUGAAGGUUAAAGAGGGGCUGUUGAGGCAGAGAGAACUGGAGAUAGAAAGACAAAAACAGCAGAUCUUGCAGCUGCAUGCCCGGAUCAGGGAGAACGAGCUCAGAGCGCAGCAGGUCCUCCAGAGCCAGAGAGGGUGGUGUGAUGAUCCCCACAUCCUAAAUGUAAAGGAGUCGUCAAUGAGAACGCCAACCAAACAGCCAUCUGUUAGGCUGUGCCAUGAUGAAGACCUUAAUAGGAAAUUGGCAAUUGCUGAGCUGGAAGUACUCCAUCUGAAUAAGUUCUUCAUGCAAGUCACACAAAAAUAUACAGAGCACAUCAGGAAACUGGAGGAAAAGAUAAAGACAAGGGAGCGCUACAUUAGUACACUGAAAAAGAAAUGUCAGAGAGAGAGCGACCAGAACCAAGAAAAACAGCAACGCAUAGAGACACUGGAGAAAUACCUCUCUGACCUGCCAACACUGGACGAAGUGCAGUUCCAGGCCAAGCAGCAGAAGGAGGUCCAACAGAAAGCAAAGGAUCUGGAAAAAAAGGUGUCGGAGUUACAGAAGAGUCUGCAGGAAGGAUUUGCCCUGCUGAAGGACAAAGAUAUCAAGCUUGAAAUGCAGGCCAGGAGAGAGAAGGAGUUGAUAGCGUCUGUGCACAGCCUGGAGCAGAAGGUACAGCAGUGUUUGGAUGAUGGCGUGAGGCUGCCCAUGCAGGAUCUGAAACGGCUUGAGGUGGAAAACACACAGCUUCUGGAGCAGCAAGAUCACAGCAGCAGGCUGUUUAAGCACCAGAAGGAACAGAUUGAGAGACUGACUUCACAACUAACGGCCACCAGUACGAGACUGCAAACGAAAAGAGGCCUUUUUCAUCGACAGCUGUCUCAUCUGUUAGAAAAGGAGAAAAGCCCGGCAACAGCAUCCACAGCCUGCAUCCAGCAGCCCCCAUUGGAUGACGGGAUGUUGCAGCGUUCCCACAUGGAGAUGCCAGAGGUGGCUCAGCUGCUGAAAGAGAUGUCCCUGUGUCUACUGGACCUCCAGGGUCUCUGCAGCAUCUUGGCUCAGAGAGCACAGGGGAAAGAGCCUAACCUGUCUCUGCUUCUAGGCAUGAAAUCGUUCAGUGUUCCAGCCGAGGAGAGCGACCGCAAAGUGGAGGUGGUGGAAGAAGAACUGAGGUUUAAGUUGUUAGAGGUUGGCCAGCUGAGGAGAGAUAUCGAUGAGCUGAGGAGAAGCAUCUCAGAUCGCUACGCUCAGUAUAUGGGCGACAGCUGUGUCUCCCAGUGACCACCAGUGUUUUUACUUAAUAACACAUGGAGGAUCACAUAAUUAUGAUGACAUGAAAUAAGACAUUUAGAAUCAAAAUGACUAGUCACAGUAUAAGUUAUUUCCCUCGGGACUUUAUUACAGAAGAAUAAUUUUAUCACAUCUGGGUUAUUCUGAACUUUUAUCUGCACUGCCUAUAUCUAGUCAGAGAUCAGAGGUCCACGAUCUUGUGCUUAUUAUCAUAUUAUCCAUUUUAAUGUGGUUGCACACUCUUGCUCAGAAACAAGAAUACAACUUCGAGACACCUAAUAUGUUUGUCUUAAUGUGCAGUAUCAACUGUGCAGUAGAGCCACCUCACCAAAGUUAGCAUUUUUGAUCAGCAACAACAAUUCAGGAGUGGUUAUUUGUGAAGUCUGCACAUUACCGUUAGCAUCAUGUUUCUCAUUAUUUGUCCACUGUUAAAUGUGCUGAUUCUUUUGUAUGCAUGGUAUACUAGGUUUGUAUCAUUCAACUGCUUUAUCCAAGCUUUUUUUUGUACUUGUCUUGUACCUGUGGUUGACUUCCAAAGCCACUGGAUGGAUUGUUCCUCUGUAUAACAAUAGUCUUUCCUUGAUAUUCUGGGGGUUUUAGUAAAAAAUCAAUAUCGACUCAAUUUUUUUAUACACAGAAAUAUUGUAAUAAGUUGUUUUGACAAUAUUUGUUCAGAUGGUAAAUAAAAUUAUUUUUCUAACAAA